AUGCAAUCACCAAGAUUACUUGGCAUACCAUUAAGUUCAGCUCAAUAUCUUUCUUCAUCUGAUGACGUUCUUCUCGCCAAUAUUUUCAAUGCAUAUGAAAAUACUUGUAUGACAGCAAAAAAAACCCGAUUUCAAUCUUUUCCUGCUGUUCAACAUACUUCUGUACAUGAAUUUUUUAAUGAAAUUUCUCAUGCAUUUCCCGUCUUUAUAGAAUAUUUCAAAAAUAUACCUGAAUUCAAUAACAUUAUCGUAGAUGAUAGAAUACGUUUACUUAAAAAUCAUUUUUGUAUUAUAGUUAAUAUUAAUGAAUUUUUAAUGCAUCCAGAAACAUCAAGUAAUCUUGUCGUAACAUGGACAAAUUUAUUUGGUAUUGAUUUAACAGAACGGCUUUUGAAACGUAAUCAAUUACUUGAAUCUUUUGUCUAUGAUUUAAUUGUAUUAAAACUUGUUCUUAUUGUUCUUGUAUUUUCAAGUAGUAAUAGUAGAAAUAUUGAUCAAGUAGAUUUAGAUCUAAUCUGUGAUAAUCCAUUAUCUAUAUUUGCUGUUCAAAAUAUUUAUGUUGAAUUAUUAUGGAAAUAUAUUUUAUCACGUUCACCGAAUGAAAAAGAUGCCGUGAAAUUUUUUAAUAAACUAAUGAUGUGUAUAUUAUAUGUGCAAAAUGUUGACAUGUCUAUAGAUGGUUAUAUUAAUGCUUUGAAACAAGAAAUCAAACAGCUAGAGCCUAUGAUUCAAAACAUGUGGCCAAAAUCAGAUCCUGAAGAAAACAUUAUUGAUACGAACAUAACUGAAAAAAUUACUAUGUUCUAA